ACCAAACUCUUCCUCUUUCCCGAAGAUCAACAAAACACAACUUAUGUGUCAAGGCUUCUAGUAAGACUAGUGGUGAUGUUGAGAGUAGUCGUCCCUUGCCUCAUGUUGCUCCCAAUCUUUGAGGAGAUCUCAUCCUCUCUGUCCAGCCACCGAUAACUCGCUUAAGAUCUAUGGGGAAGUGUACGUAGAGUUAUCAAAAUGGGCCGAUCAAGUCACCUUCCAACCUUUGAUGACUACAUUGAAGUUGGGAUUGUCUCAUCAGCGAUGAGAUUCUUGGGAAUGUUAAGGGUUGUAGCGCUGGAAGAUUGCAAUGAAAAUCAAACGACUGAGUGGUUCGAAUCCAAACCCAAAACCUUACAGGCUUAUUGUGUUUUAUACCGUCUUGAAAAUGACAUAUGCAGUUACGAGGAUGAGAUGAGGAUAGGAGAGGUGGCUAAUGGGGUGAACUGUUACAUGAAGCAAUAUGGUGUUACCAAAGUAUUGGCGGUUAGCGAAAUUAAGAAGAUGAUUAGAGAUGAUUAUAAAAUAGUGAUGGAGGAGUGUUUGAUGACAAAAUGUGUGUCACGUCCAGUUCUUGUUCGGUGCCUCAACAUGGUACGAUUGAUCAAGUUGUAUUACACGGAGGGUGAUGGAUUCACCAAUCCCCAUGGAAAGCUCAAAGACCUCAUCAGCUCUAUGUUCUUCCAUCCUCUUCCGCUUUGAAGACUUGGCUCCUUGCCAAAAACAAUCCUUUACACUUAUUUGUUGCCUCCAAAUAUCUCUUAAUAAACGACUAACUAUGGA